AUGGUUAAAUCUCUUCCAGCUUCAUUCUUAUCAACUUUACCACCAUCCGAGUCAUCUUACGACACGACUCCAACGAAUGACUUUCCUACACCACAGCCCCCAACAUCUCACCUGAUAGCACUAGGAAUUGAUGCCAAGGCUGCUCAUCGUAUCUCACAGAUCUACAUGCGAGCUGCAUUGCAGUUCAAGGCGAAAUGCGAGGUGCAGUACGAUCGCAUCUGUCGCGUUUUUCGUCAACGUGCUGUCACACAUCCUCAUGGCGAUUUAAAGUUGCAGUCAAGGUUGAGAGAUGUUCAUCUGGCCCAGUAUACGAAAAUGCUACGCCUCUGGCUUGAAAAAAUUAUUGGAAUGGUCGAAUCUCGUCUCGACGAGCUCAGAAGUCGAAAUUUCAAUGAAACGUCUCGCAAAAAUACUCGUCUGCCCUUUAACCAGGGUGCUAUUCCUAUCUUGGAGAAAUUCUUCGAGCGCAACGCGUUUCCCUCCCGAGCGGAGAAGGAGCAGCUCGCUUCUAUUGCUGACAUGGAUUACAAGCAAAUUAAUAUUUGGUUCCAGAAUCGUAGAAGUCGGUCGAAAAAACAGGGCAAGUCACUGACCAAAGGUACCACCUUCGUGGGUCUUCCAUCAGACCUUGCAGAUGUCAUGGCCGAUUUCAUGACUGAGGAUAACUCACUCCGUUCACAUCGAUCUCCAGGUCUCGACGAUGAAAAGCCAGGGAACACCUUCAAUGUGGAGGCUCCACCCCAUGCGUUUCCCACACUAUACCCGCCUCUCUGCUCGUAUAACCCCUUCCCAUCAGGCCUAAAUGCACGACGGUUUACAUCUCCUUGGUUCCGCAAGGCGUUACCAAGGGUUCAUUGGAGCUCGCCAUCUCCCAAUUUCGCUCUGUUCACACGUCUUUUUGCUAGAAUGAGCAUCUUCGACAGUGAGAAAAAGGAAUGCGAGUCGACAAAAACGUCGUCGACACCUUCUCACUCGUCGAUUCCCGUUGGUUUCGCCACUAUCUUACCGCACGUUCCCUCACCAACCUUACUUCAUCCUCCUGUCGUCGCGUCUUCCUCUUCUACUCCCAUCGUUCCCUCCGCUCGACUUGUACAGAGGACACACCGACGUUCUUCUUUGCCCUCUACACCCGAUCGAAUGUCUGCGCGAUUUACUCCGUAUGCGAGAAGUCGUAUCAAGACAUCCAGCACAAGUCGGAAGGUCCCUAUGCUACCCAAACGCCUGCCUACCAAUUCAAGUAUCAACCACCGUGGCUUUCCACCUGCGGCAUCGGACGUCGCUACGUCCUCGAGCCUGCCAUCACCAUCCAAAUUAACCCGGUCGCCAUCCCCAUCCUCAGCCCCUACCGACAGGAGUACAAAGACAGAUCCAAAUGUAUCAGAGAAGCCGCAAUUGAUUCCGUCCUCCGUGGUGUCUAUGCCGAGGAGAAACAUUUCCUCUCUCCCGAAGCGAGCUAAGAUCGAACAAGCUGCUGAACCAUCGGCACCUCCAGCCGUUAUCCAGUUCUCUCACACUCCAUAUUCACGUACCAUCUCGCGGUCGUCCUCCCUUAGCUCCUUGUCUUCAGAAGCAAGCUCUACAUCAUACAGCGAGAUUGAAACCCCGUUUUCUACACCUCCUUUACUUCCUGUCGGUCUUCCCGACCCGAAAACGUCGACAUCUGCGUUUGCCUUAGACCCGGCUUUCGACUUUAGCGAUCUCUAUAGUGCAUUUCCAUUGGAACGGUCUCUACUGGAUGAAGGCUCGGAGUUGGAUCUACUUUUGGAGGUCCUUACUGCUAAGUGA